GUCGAGGAAGAGGAGGAGGAGGAGGAGGAAGAGGAGGAGGAAUACAAGGAGGACAGGAAGAGGAGGAAGAGGAGGAAGAGGAGGAAGAGUAGGCGAUGGGGAAACACGAAGACGAGGACGAGGAGGAGAGGGAAGACGAGCAGGUAGUGGACGAGGAGGAAGACGAGGAGCUACAAGAGGAGGAGGAGGCUAUGGUGGAGAAGGACGACGAGGAGGAGGACAAAGACGAAGAGGAAGAGGAGGACGUAGAGGAGGAGGAGGAAGCUAUGGAGGAGGAGCAGGAGGAAGACGGGGAUGAAGAUGACGACGAAGACGAGGACGAAAGGGAGGGGGAAAGAAGAGGAAGACGAGGAGGAAGACGUGAGAGACUCACUAGUUUUUUAACCAUUGAUGGCUUUGAUGACAAGAGAGACUGACCACCUCUCUUGGUAGCUAUUGCCAUAGUAGGUAACGCAAGGGAGAGUGACUCCACAGUGGUCAUAAAGUAUUUAUUCUUAAAUAUUUUUGAG